AUGUCAGGAUCCGAAGGGGUGCCGAAAGGCAGAAAGGAUCUAUGGACACGGUUUCCAAAAGAGCUCGUUCAGAUUAUUAGCGAAUACCUGUUGCCUGAUUCCUUUGGUGUUCAUGCUUGCCCUUCGCCUGAGGCCGAUGGAACCAACAUUCGGUACUCAGUAUGGUUACAGAUCGUCUUUGGGCCCCAUUUUAGGCCAGAUAUUCUCAGGAAUCGCAUGCAGCUAGUCGUGAGCGACAUGAAUUUUCUUAAAGAUCUGCCGGGCAAAGAUUGGCUUUCGGAGAUUCACCUCAGAUUCUUUUAUCCGCCGUCUAUGGCGUCUGGGCUGGAGGAGAUUUCUAACUUCAAGUCAUUGAGGCGGAUUUCAGCCGAUUGUUUUCAGGAUUCAGGUGAAUCCGUUCACAAGCGUUUGACUACCGCGAGCCCUAAUGUUGAGAUCAUGAUCACCUCCAUCCUCGUAUCCGAACCUGGUACGUCGAACUAUGCAAGACACAGGCGUCAUCAAUUAGAAGCCAAGAUACGGACACGAAGCCAGUCGACUUGCGGUAAAGCGCCGCACAUAAUGACACUAGCGCUGCCCCGGGGAUACCACCCACACUCACCUUGCUCUGAUAAUCAGGAAUCCCAUCUUGGAACGGGCGUUCACGGCGACAUUAUGUAUGAAAAGGCUGAACCCUUGUGGUUUUGUGAUAAGCUUAGCCGAUGGUUGGAACUCGAACCAAGAACAUAA